AUGCAUGUCCAGCGUCCAAAGCAGCAGAGCCAUCCCGGGCAGCACAACAACUGGCUCAGGCUGGGUAGUGGCUGCAACAAGUACAACCCCGCUCUUGUGACAAGAGGCGGUGCUGAUGUAUCCAAGACCCAGCCUGAAAGGAGUCCGUAUGACCAGCUGAAGGCUUUCCUCAACAAACGGUUCUUUCUGCUAGGGGCGGCGGCGAUGGUUGCCGCGGCGAGGGUUGUACCUUCUCCCGGGACCACGGGAGGCUUGUUGUCGCUUUCGGUGUCUAAAGCUGGAGUGUCGUUGGUCUUCUUCUUGGUUGGUCUCGCCAUCAAGCUGGGCGAGCUUGCGGGAGCCGCCCUAAACUUCAGGCUGAACUUGCUGACCCAGGCCUUCUCGUUGGGUGUGCUCCCCGCGGUGGGCGUAGGGCUCUCGCGUGUCCUCGCCGCAGGCGGGGUGCAUCCAGCGCUCGCAGAUGGCGUGCUGAUUUUGAUGUGCCUUCCCACGACUGUCAACAUGUGCGUCAUUUUGACGCAGAGCGCUGAAGGCAACACAGCGGCAGCGGCCUUCAACGCGGUGCUCGGCAACUUGUUGGGGGUCGUAGUCACCCCUGCUCUCUUGCUUUUGCUCCUUGGUCGUCGCUUGGACAUGGCUCCAUCCCUGUUGGCUACGUUCAAAAAGCUAGGAAUAAAGGUGGUGCUACCGCUGGCGCUUGGCCAGCUCGCUCGUUUCACGCCCUUGCGGAAGCUGCACGAGCGCAAGCCCAAGGCUAUAUCACGCUUUUCCGAGUGCGUCCUCCUGAGCAUCAUCUACACCACGUUCUGCGACACUUUCACAAACAGCGCGGGCGUUGCGGGAACCGCCGCUGGCGGUGGAGGGGGCGGGGUUCUGGUACUGAUGGCGGUGUUACCCAUCGUUCACCUGUUGAGCCUCGCGGCUUUGGACGCACUCUCGCGUGUACCGUUUCUGAAGAUUGACGAAAGAGAUCGCAUUGCGGUAAUGUUCUGCGGCACGCACAAGACUCUCGCAUUCGGCAUUCCGUUGAUAAAGGCGUUGUUCGAAGGGCACCCCUCUUUGGGCAUGCUGGCGACGCCUCUUCUGCUGUACCAUCCGUCAGAGCUGAUGCUCGGCAGUGCUCUCGCGCCAACGCUGAGAACAAGAGCAGAGGCUAGGGAGGCAGCGGCUGGUGCCGCACAGAACCCUCCAAAUGGAGGGAACUGAUAGCUUCAUAGUUUGGACCAAAGGUCAAUUUCGACGGAAGUUUUUUGUUGAGUACAGGAGCAAAUCGAUUGUUUCUACGCAAGAUGGUGCAAUAGGUUCUUGCAUUUCGGCGCUCGUGUCUUUUGCCGUGUAGGUUUGUGUGGUGGGCGUGUUGAUCCAUGCGCUGUGUGUACAGCCACCUUUCUGGUUCGUAACACUAGAGCGCCAAGCCGACACGAAUGCACCGUCGACUUAAUCGUGGUGCGUGUGGGCGACAGGCCUUUGUAAGGAAUGCUUGACCAUGCCGCAGUCUUCACAUGUACAGGGACUAGUCUAGAGGAGCUCUGUCGUGAGAGGCCACGAAGAGGUCUUGGGGAGGGGGGAAUGCGAUUUACUUAGCGCCAUGCCACGUGCUUCGCAAACGAGUUUCGACAAACCAAACGUCGGCGUACUUUGGGCGCAGACUGUGACGCAGCGUAGAAAAUGGGGAGGUUGUAGAACAAGGGAAGCUCAAAAGGGAGAGGGUAUGGGUAUGGGCUUGUCGCCUGUUGCGGGGCAUGGCCAAAUUCAGUUCUGGAGUUGA